UUCCUCCUCUCCCCCAUUUCGUAAAACCCUAACGAACAGAAUUUCCGAUUCUCUAAACUCUUCUUCUUCGCUGCUUCAGCUCUCCGUACGAAUUUAUAUCUGUUGCAUCUGAUUCCACGACCAGUAUGAGUCGCUACGACAGUCGCACUAGCGAUCCCGGUUCCUAUCGGGACCGUCGAAGUGUCUCAGGGUUUGGUGGGGCUUCAGCAUAUGGCAGCUCAGCUGGUCAUGGAUCAAGCAGAAGGGAUUAUGAUGGUCCUGGAUCACCACGGAAACAAGAUUUGGACGGGUUGAUUCCCUUUGAGAAGAAUUUCUACGCUGAGUCCCCUGCGGUGGCAGCCAUGACAGAGGCAGAAGUGGAAAAUUAUAGGCAGAGGAGGGAAAUCACCGUUGAAGGCCGAGACAUCCCAAAGCCUGUCAAAAAUUUCCAUGACGUUGGAUUUCCUGAUUAUGUCAUGGAAGAGAUAGUGAAGGCUGGGUUUUCUGAACCUACAGCUAUACAAUCUCAGGGCUGGCCAAUGGCGUUGAAGGGACGUGACCUGAUCGGCAUUGCUGAAACUGGGUCUGGAAAGACACUUUCAUAUCUACUACCAGCAAUAGUUCAUGUAAAUGCCCAACCAAUUUUAGCUCCUGGCGAUGGCCCAAUCGUCUUAGUUCUUGCUCCUACCCGCGAACUUGCGGUGCAGAUCCAACAAGAGGCAUCUAAAUUUGGUUCAUCAUCGAGGAUUAAGAGCACUUGUAUCUAUGGCGGAGUUCCAAAAGGACCUCAAGUCCGUGAUCUCCAGAAAGGUGUUGAAAUCGUUAUAGCUACUCCUGGGAGGUUAAUAGACAUGUUGGAGUCGAACCACACGAAUUUGCGGAGGGUUACUUACCUUGUUUUAGAUGAGGCUGAUAGGAUGUUAGAUAUGGGAUUUGAGCCUCAGAUUCGGAAAAUUGUUUCACAGAUUCGUCCAGACCGUCAAACUUUGUAUUGGAGUGCUACUUGGCCUAAGGAGGUGGAGCAAUUGGCUAGGAAAUUUCUUUAUAACGCAUAUAAAGUGAUAAUAGGAUCUUCUGAUUUAAAAGCUAAUCGUGCAAUCCGACAAAUCGUUGAUGUCAUUUCUGAAAACCAAAAAUAUAACAAAUUGGUGAAGUUGCUCGAAGACAUAAUGGACGGAAGCAGAAUACUAAUCUUCCUCGAUACCAAAAAGGGUUGUGAUCAGAUCACUCGGCAGCUCCGCAUGGAUGGUUGGCCUGCUCUGUCAAUUCACGGAGAUAAAAGUCAAGCCGAGAGGGAUUGGGUUCUGUCAGAGUUCAGAUCGGGAAAAAGUCCUAUAAUGACUGCAACCGAUGUUGCAGCUCGUGGAUUAGACGUGAAAGACGUGAAGUACGUGAUAAACUACGAUUUUCCUGGAUCACUGGAGGAUUAUGUGCAUCGGAUAGGACGGACGGGUAGGGCUGGGGCCAAGGGCACGGCCUACACUUUCUUCACGGCUGCAAACGCGAGAUUUGUAAAGGAUCUUAUCAACAUACUGGAGGAAGCUGAGCAGAGGGUCAGUCCCGAAUUGGCAGCAAUGGGUCGUGGUGCCCCUCCUCCCCCUCCAGGAGGAUUCCGAGACCGUGGGAGUAGAUACGGCAGUGGAGGACGAGGCUGGAGCUGAGCUGAUGAUGAUGAUGAUCAGUUGUUUUUCUUCUCCCCCUCUCCCUUUUAUUUACUUUGAAUUCUCUUGUUAUUGGAGCCGUAAGGGUGUAAAACUUCAAUCAUGUAAGAUGACCAAAUUAGGAUUUCGUACAUAAGUUUCAAACUUUCUGGUAAAUUUCUUGUGAUUUUAUGAUUUCUGCAGUUGGGUUUGUU